CGCAGCAGCCAGUAGCAGCAAUACAGAGACAUAUGCGGGAUUAUAGAGCUAAACCCGGCCAGCAGCCACAGAGAUGAUUGCAAUUGCGUCUGAGGCUUUUAUUUAAUGCACCGCACCCGAGAAGAAGCCAGGAUUGCGUUCCUGUUUUGGAAAUAUUAUUUAUUACUGUGCCAGAGGCCCCUUGAAUUGAAUGUAAUGUGAACAUCUACAGCAAUGUGGUUAUUUUCCUGCAGAUGAGCUGCUGUUUUGUCCUCUCCCCCCUCCUAUUCUCCUUUCAUCAUAAUUCAAGAUCAUCUUCAAUUCACUGGACUCUCCUAGACCUGUAUAUGAAGACGGAGUGGGGACCGUAAUGACCGCACGCUUCCGGUUGCCUGCUGGCAGAUCUUACGAUGUGGGAGCGUUGGAGGAGGCCAGAGAGAGACAGCACGCGCAGGUGGAGUGUAACGUUUUACUGCUGGACAACACAAUACAGGCCUUCAGAGUCAAUAGGUGGCUGGACCCAAACAAACCUAUUAGAAAACAGCUCAAAAGGCUGUCUCCACAUAAUCUGAGAUAUAGAGUGAAGUUUUUCGUGAGUGACCCUAGUAAACUACAGGAAGAGUACACAAGGUAUUUGUACUUUUUGCAACUGAAGCAGGAUAUUCUGAGUGGCAGACUCCCUUGCCCACAAAAUACUGCAGUUCUUCUGGCUUCUUAUGCUGUUCAGGCUGAGCUGGGGGACUACAGUCACUCCGAACAUUUGCCUGGGUACCUCUCCGAGUACAGCUUCAUUCCCAACCCACCGCAGGAUUUUGAGAAAGAGGUCGCCAAACUUCACCAAGAGCACAAUGGACUCACACCAGCUCAGUCCGAGUUUAACUACUUGAAUGCUGCGCGGACGCUGGAGCUGUAUGGCGUGGAAUUGCACUAUGCUCGGGACCACUGUAACACAGAGAUUUACAUCGGAGUUUUGUCUGCCGGCAUCUCCGUCUAUAAGGACAGGGUACGAGUCAACCACUUUCCGUGGUUGAAAAUUGUAAAAAUAUCUUUUAAAUCUAAACAGUUUUUUAUACAACUAAGAAAAGAACUGACUGAGAACAGAGAGUCUUUAUUGGGUUUCAACAUGAUGAACUACAGAGCUUGUAAGAACUUAUGGAAGGCCUGCGUGGAGCAUCACACGUUCUUCAGACUGGAGCGGCCCGUUCCUCCGGAGAGAAACCUUUUCCUGCAGUACUUCACCCUCGGAUCCAAGUUUCGCUACAGUGGGCGGACAGAGGCGCAGUCUGUACAGUACGGAAAGGAAAGAGGCAACAAGAACAGAGUUUUUGCAAGAUCGCCGAGCAAGCCUCUGGUCAGGAGACUGAUGAGUGGCUUGGACUGGGAGACCGUCAGCAGGAAUUCCCUCUCAGACGACCGACUGGAGACUCAGAGUCUGCCGAACCGUUCUCCCCCAGACUCGCCCGAUCAUAACUCGGUGUUUACCACAGACGGGGCGCGAAUCAGGCCGUCCUCCAUUGGUCACUUAGUCGAUCAUGUGAUCGAUGACUCGCCAUGCCAGACGUUCACCAAUCACAAGUCUGCAUCCUCCACGCAGGCCAACAGCAUCAGCCUAGACUCGACACCGUCUCCUGAUGUGACGACAGAUGAGCAGCCGCCUGCUCUGCCCCCAAAACAGUCCAGAAGAGACCCUCUGACCCACAACGGCAGAUCCCAGUCUCAGCAUGAGCUGGACGAGCACCUCAGCGAACUAUACAACGUACCUGCGGCGUCAGGAAAGAGCAUGAAUGGAGCCGUGCCUCAUGACAAUCUUGUUCUGAUUAAAAUGAGGCCAGAUGAAAAUGGACGAUUUGGAUUUAAUGUUAAGGGUGGCGCUGAUCAGAGGAUGCCCAUCAUUGUGUCCCGUGUGGCUCCAGGAACUCCGGCUGAUAUGUGUAUGCCGCGCCUCAACGAGGGCGACCAGGUGGUGCUGAUUAACGGGCGUGAUAUCUCAGAGCACACUCACGAUGACGUGGUUAUGCUAAUUAAGGCCAGCUGUGAGGACCAAUCAGGAGAGCUCAUCCUGCUCGUCAGACCCAAUGCCAUCUAUGACGUGGACGAGGAGCAGGAGAAGUUGGAUCUGGAGCCAGAUUUCCAGUAUAUUCCAGAGAUAUCCGGUCUGGAGCAGAGCCACUCGGAGGCCGAUAGCUUGAGAUCCUCCAUCCAGCUGCUGAGAGAUGGCCUUUCCAGCGGUACCGUGCUUGCGCAGUUUGAUCAACUGUACAGGAAGCGUCCUGGGAUGUCCAUGUCAUGCGCCAGAUUGCUGCAAAACGUCUCCAAAAACCGCUAUCGGGACAUUUCUCCAUAUGACACCACUCGAGUUGUGCUGAAGGGGACGGACGAUUAUAUCAAUGCAAAUUUCCUUAACAUGGAAGUCCCUGGUAAAUGUGAAGUAAAGCGGUAUAUCGCCUGUCAAGGGCCUCUUCCUGGUACCUGCUCUGACUUCUGGCAGAUGGUGUGGGAACAGAGCGCCGCCCUAGUGGUCAUGCUCACGACACAAGUUGAACGUGGCAGGGUGAAAUGUCAUCAAUACUGGCCAAACGUUUCGGCAAGUGGCACCUACGGAGGCUUUCAGGUUACAUGUGUGUCAGAGGAAGGGAACUCGGCGUACCUGCUCAGAGAUUUGACGCUUUCACACCUGGAGAGUAAAGAAGAAAGGCAGAUUUGUCAGAUGCAGUACUUGGCAUGGCCUGACCACGGCGUCCCAGAUGACUCGUCGGACUUCCUGAACUUUGUCAGUCAAGUACGCAGCAAAAGAACCUACGCAUCUGAACCUGUGGUGGUUCAUUGCAGCGCUGGGAUUGGUCGCACCGGGGUGCUUAUCACUAUGGAGACAGCGAUGUGUUUGAUAGAAAAUGGUCAGUCGGUGUAUCCCUUAGACAUCGUCAGAACCAUGAGAGACCAGCGUGCCAUGAUGAUCCAGACUCCUAGCCAGUACCGUUUUGUAUGCGAAGCGAUUCUGAAAGUUUAUGAUGAGGAGCUUGUAAAGCCAUUUGAGACUGAGCCUCCAGUCGAAAAGGAAGAAUGAACACCGCCCUUCAGCAUUUCUGAGGUUCUUCUGUGAUUUACAACUACUGCCAGUGAGAUCUGCACUCAGCUCGCUGUCGCCCCCUGCUGGAAGGCAGUGGACCUGAUCGCCCGCAAGCUAGAAUACAGACGAAAAAGCACUAUUGCACUUUACAGCGACAAACAAUGACUUAAGGGGAUUUUUCAUU